AUGCCCGCCAAAGAUGAUGACCUUCUAGCCCGCUUGAACGCUCUCAAGCCAACAUCAGUGAGCCUGCAACCCAAAACACCAGCUAUCGAGGUCGAAGCAUCACAGCCGCAAAGCUUAGAGGACAAGCUCGCAAGUCGACUGAAGAAUCUCCGAGCAGGUCAGGAUCUCCCUUCCACUUCAUCACGGCAGACAACUUCACCACCGAAAGACGCAGCGGCAAUUCUCACAGCAAAGGUCCAAGACGAAGUCGCAGCCGAGAGGGAUCCCAUACGUAAUUGGCAGGAUGACGUCGAUGAGCAGAGUCUAGAAGAGCUUCUUGCAGAGCUGGGACCUGCGGAUCAGUGGAAGUUGGAUCCAGAAGAUCCGAAGAACAUCAACGCUUUGCUUAAAGAGGCAAAAGAAGCUCUUCCCGAGAAUGAUGAAACCACUGCCGAGGCACCGAGCACACAAGAUCACCACAGCGAUGUCGACGAGGAUCACAAGGAGAAAUCAGAAGACCAACAAGUGGAAGCAGAAGCAGAUGAAUACGUCCAGCGCUUACUCGCCGCCCUCGAAGUUGAAGACAAAUACGGCCCACAUGAUUCCGAAGCACCCUCAGACCUGAACCUUCCAGCCACGCCAUCAAAUCUCCCUCCUCCAAAGCCAUCAACAGAAACUACAGACCUCGAUCUCGAAUCCCGCUUCUCGAAACUUGGAUUGAGUAGUAAUACUCUAGACCUCCCCUCAAUACCUACCUCCAAACCUUCAUCUACAAAGAAAUCCAUCAUCACAGCCAAGUUAAAUCCAAAGUCGAACAAUCUUCCAACAUUCACAGAUGAUGAUGUGGAUUCCUGGUGUUGUAUCUGCAGUGAAGACGGGACUGUUCGCUGUUUAGGCUGCGAUGGAGAUCUUUACUGUCAAGAAUGUUGGGAUGAAGGACAUGGGAAUCAGCCCGGUCAGGAAAGAGGUCAUAAAGCUGUGGUGUUUCGGAGGGAUGAUGAUAAGAAGAAGGGGAAAGUGGCAGCGGCAUGA